GCAUCAGUGAGGAUAACUCAAGCAUCAUGGCAUUCAACUUGAUGACAAAAAUCGUGGUUUUGGUGGCAGUUUUUGGUGUCACACUCGGAGGAAUUGUCCCAGCAGCUCCGGUUCUAACUGCUCCUGUGGUGGCUCCAUCAGCUCCAGUGAUUGCUCCAGCAGCUAUUGGAUAUGCAAGAGCAGUUCCUCAGAAUGUUCCACCAUUUGCAUCAAGGAUUGAUAUAAACACCAGAGCUCUCGCAGCUCCGAUUGUCGCAGCUCCAGCAGCUCCGAUUAUCACGGCUCCAGCGGCUCCCAUUAUUGCGGCUCCAGCAGCUCCAGUUGUUGCUCCAGCGGCACCUGUUAUAGCUCCAGCAGCUCGAGUCAUUGCUGCUCCAGCAGUUGCAGCAGGGAUUGCUCCAGCAGCCUAUUCAGCUCCGAUCAUAGCAGCUCCAGGAGUCUUCGGAACAUCUUAUGCCGGAAGUUUGGGUGCACCACUGGCCCAUUACGCCGCCGCCGCCUAUGGACCCGCAGUCCUUGACGAUGCUCGAUACCCAUUGAACAUCAGUUUUCCCAGUGAAACAGAACAAACACCUCAAAUCAAAAUGAUGACCAAGUGCCUCAUCCUCUUCUUCGCCUUCGUGGCUGUUUGCUCAGCCGGUACACUGGUUCCAGCAGCUGUACCUGCUGCACUUACAGUAGGAACAUAUGCAACUAGUUACAAUGCACAUUCAGUAAAUCAUGCGUAUGCAGCUCCUUACGUAGCAGCUCCAGCAGUUGCUGCACCAGCAGUUGCUGCACCACUGGCCUACUCCCCGUACGCCUAUCCUGCAGCAUACUCAGCCUAUUCACCCUUUGCUGCACCCAUCAUUGCUGCACGUCGCUAAAAAUCACCUAUGGAAAACCAAUUGCCCCACUGUCCAGUCGACUCCGGCUUCGUGAGGAUUAUCCUGUAAUCGAGAGGAUGACGAUUAAGAAGAUUUCCAAUGACAACUCGCUGGAGAUCGAGGGACUGAUUUACCAACUGGGCAAUUUAUCGAUAGAUCAAUGAUCCAGCAACUGGCUAUGCGAUGGUGCCACAAGCGCUUGAUCUCACAUUCAAACUUUCACUGGAGAAUUUAUCAAAUUUUUGCCUCGAUUUUUAUUCAAUAAAAUGGAUUAUUGUUCAGCCUAAAAA